GUAAAGUUGCCAACCUCAACCUUUUUCUAUCUAGUCCUCAAAUAAUGCAAAGAAGCAGUCUCCUUAGCCAUAUUAAUGCUCAUCAGCAGACAUGUAUAGGGUUGCUAUAUUCAGAGAGAUGUAUUGUUAUGUAAUUGCCAGCUUUCCAGUUUUAGGAGAUCCUUUCACAAGGUCUGCUUCAAUUUAAGGAAAGGAUACUGGUGACAUACUGGAGUUAAGAGUUGUUGUUGCUGUUGUUUUUUGUACCGUUUUUUGUUUACAAAUGUACAGGUUGAGCAGGAGGAAGCAAGCACACACCCAGAUAGAUUGCACUACUUUUGUGACAGCAUCAGUUCAUCCCUAAUAUUUGAGAAAUUCCUAGCCCCACAUGUCACCACCAAAAUCAGCAAUACUGAAGAAAACACUACCAAAAUGGUUGGCUUUGGUUAUACCUGAGGGCAGAGCCUCUAGUAAAUCUAUAAAUGUUUCUCAUGCUGAAGUCCGCAAGACAGCCUUUGAAACCAACUUUACACCCCGCCUCUGCCCCCACCGUUUAUUUGUUUUUGUGGACUUUAAUUGAACAGUGAUCCUUGAGAAGUGGAAUGGUACAGUAAACCCAAACAUGCUGGAUUCAAUUUAUACGGGUAAAGAUGGGCACCUUACCAGUAUUCAGGUUCAUAUUGCAAUUGAAUCAGGAGCAUAUUUAUUCCCAUUUUCACGCAAGCUAAAAAUAAACAGUGGAAAGAGAAGGCGAAUACAUGAAUGGCAGGUGCCCUUGUGAAUCUGCUGCUUUAUCGUAAAGUUUCCUCAAGGGGGCAGCAAACUACAACCAACGCUGACAUUGCAGAAUAUCGCUGUCGAGUUCACUGUACUCACUCUGCACGAAGGCCUCUCUCUCUGAUGUAAGAGGGUCUUGUGACUGCCACCCACGUGACCAGAUGGCACAGGACACCACCAGCAGAGCAACAAUCCUCUUAAGAGUUGCACAAAUGUCUGCCAAGGCCAGUGACAGCAUGCAGACCACGACAGAGCUGCUGGACCAGACAGAGAACAGUCUGCUCGAAUGCAAAGUGUGCUUUGAAAAAUACAACCAGCAGAAAAAGCGCCGGCCCCGGAACUUGCCAUGCGGACAUGUCAUGUGCCUGGAGUGUGUCACAUCACUGGCCCAUCCCCGGAGUCUUAAGCUAGAGUGCCCUUUCUGCCGCAGGGCUUGCAAAUCUUCCGAGACCAGCGAUUGCUUGCCGUUGUUGCACCUGAUGGAGAUCUUGAACUCUUCAUCCAACAGUGUUCCGGUUUCAGGAAGGACCGUUGGAGCAGCUGAGGAUGUGGUGAUGCCAGGAUCUCAGGUCUUAACAUUUCACCUGUCUUUCGGAGGAUGGGGGACCCUGGUCAACCCGACAGGGAUUGCUGUGUGCCAGAGGUCUGCCUGCCUAGCGGUGGCUCACGACGGCAAGAAGAGGAUUAAGCUGUUCAGUUUCAACGGGCGCGUCAUACAGCAGUUUGGAGAAAGAGGGCAGGCAGGAAAUGACAUCAGGUACCCGACCGAUGUCACCAUCACGCUGGACGGCCAUAUCGCAGUCACGGACAGCGGGGAUCGUUCUGUCAAAGUGUUCGACUUCAACGGCAGGGGAAAGCUGGUUAUCUCCGAGUCCUUCGGUUUACCUUGGGGUCUGGAUACCACACCUCAGAACGAUGUGAUCAUGACCGAUUCGGUGGCAGGUGCUCUGUAUCGCUUGACAGCCGACUUUAAGCGGGGGGAAUUAAAGGGGGUGGAAAAACUCUGCUCUAAUUUGUGCGACCCGAGGAAAGUGGCUGUUUCUCAGGCCUCGGGGGCCAUUGCUGUCAUAGAGCAUUCGAUGGCAAAAGGACCAAGCUGUGGCUGCACCAUGCUGAAAGUAUUCGCUGCAGACAUGCAGCUCAUAAGCCAGGUGGACACUUUUGGCCUGAAUCUAGUAUUUCCUUCCAAAAUAUAUGCCAGUGAUGUGACCUUCAGCAGGGAAGGUCAAGUAAUAGUAACCGAUGGCUAUAACCAAGCAGUCUUCUGCCUUGGAAAACCUGAAGAGUUCCCUAUGUGUAAACCUAUCAUUACCCAGGGUCUUUCUUACCCUUUGGCAUUAGCUUUCACACCAGACAGUUCUCUGAUUGUCUUGGAUGGUGGAGAUCAUUCUUUGAAAGUAUUCACGGCUAGCUGAAAUAUGGGGGGUGGUGUUGCUUUCACAUUGCCUGAUCCAGUUCACAGCUUAACAGAGAGUAUGUGGAAGCUCUUUGUGCCUAACACCCCAACUUCUCUAAGGAUCGCUGAUCAAGUUGAUGGAUUAUGCCAAAAUGGCUAAAAUGACUGAAAAGAAGACCAAAAUUUUAAUAAGGAAUGGGGAAAAUUUAUA